CUGACUACUGUACUUUCACCUCUCCACUUCCGUCGCACCUCUCUCUCUCUCUCUCUCUCUCUAGAAAUAGGAAUUUGAAACAUAGACAAUACAGUAUGGAUAUGGUGUCCUCUGUGAAACCAAAACUCGUUGCGUCCAAAUUGUUCCCACCUCUUUUCUCGCCUUACUCCCCACUACAGUGUCGAGCAACCUCUGUUAGUACCCGUUUGAAAUCAAAUUCGGCGCUUAAACGAAUUUGGGCUCGGUCCGAGCCCGACGGCAAAGUCAAUGGCGUUCUCUCUGGUGAUUUCGACCCCCGUUUCAUUGACCGGCAAAAAGCAUUGGAAGCAGCAAUGAAUGACAUAAAUAACGCAUUCGGAAAAGGAAGUGUUACAAGAUUGGGCAGUGCUGGUGGAGCUCUGGUAGAAACUUUUCCAAGUGGCUGUUUGACAUUAGACUUUGCCCUAGGUGGUGGUCUUCCAAAAGGGAGAAUUGUAGAGAUAUAUGGGCCCGAAAGUAGUGGAAAGACCACCCUAGCACUCCAUGCAAUCGCAGAAGUGCAGAGCGCUGGAGGCUAUGCCAUGCUUGUUGAUGCAGAGCAUGCUUUUGACCCUGCAUAUUCUAAGGCGUUGGGAGUAGAUGUUGAAAAUUUGAUUGUCUGCCAACCUGAUAAUGGGGAGAUGGCACUGGAGAUCGCAGAUCGUAUGUGCAGAUCUGGUGCUAUUGAUCUCAUCUGUGUUGAUUCUGUCUCAGCUCUUACUCCGCGGGCUGAGAUUGAAGGGGAAAUUGGAAUGCCGCAGAUGGGUUUGCAAGCACGUCUUAUGAGCCAGGCUCUGCGUAAAAUGUCUGGAAAUGCCUCCAAAGCUGGAUGUACUCUUAUUUUUCUGAAUCAAAUAAGGCACAAGAUUGGUGUAUUUUAUGGAAAUCCUGAAGUCACCAGUGGAGGAAUUGCUUUGAAGUUCUUUGCAUCGGUUCGUCUUGAAAUACGCGCUACAGGGAAGAUAAAGAAAGGAGAUGAAGACAUUGGGCUUAAAGUACGUGUGAGAGUUCAAAAGAGUAAGGUGUCAAGGCCGUACAAGCAAGCCGAAAUGGAAAUUGUGUUUGGCGAGGGAGUUAGCAAACUGGGUUGCAUUUUGGAUUGUGCUGAAAUGAUGGAUGUAGUAUUAAAGAAGGGUUCCUGGUACAGCUAUGGAGAUCAUAGGUUGGGACAGGGAAGGGAUAGAGCAAUGCAGUACUUGAAAGAGAACCCUCAUCUUGCCAAUGAAAUAGAGAAGAUUAUUCGGCCCAUGAUGUUAGGGGAAACUGGCCAAGUAGGCUCUUCUCCUCCGAGGCUCUUGCCGGCACAGCAUCAAGAUGAAGAUUUUGUUGAAGAGAUACUGUAGGAUCCACCAAAUCCAGUUAAUAUCACCUGUUUAACUAGUGGGUGAGGAAUAGUCAGCUGUGGAAAGCUGAAGGGAAAACAAAUAGGAUUCAGUCCUCUCUCUGUGUUUUGGUUUUGAUGAUUUGAAAUCACUGAUUUCCCACCCCAUGUCUGUAUGUGCAUGAGAGAGAGAGAGAGAGAGAGAGAGAGAGAGAGAGAGAGAGAGAGAGAGAGAGAGAGAGCAUUGUACUGUAGAGACGCCGGGAGGGAUUUGUAUUGCCAUCAAUGCCAUGGUACUUAAUUUGUAUCUGUGCACCAUGUAACACACACUAGCUGGGGGAGAGGGGGUUAGGGCGUGAAUUGUGGCUGGCGAUUUGGGAGAAAUCCAGGGGAGCUUGUAACAUUUGCCCAAUCUGUUCACCAAGUUAUUUAUCAUCAUUUGAACA